AUGACAGUUGAACAGCUGAUCCAAGGUGAUGUAAUACUCCGGGUGAUUGGAAUAUUAAGCCACCACAGCCUUGAAGUUAUCAGCAUCCCGAGGCUUUUUCGUAUUGGGUAUGUACUCAUGAGCUGUCCGUACUCAUGAUUAGUUACUUGAUUUGAUUGUAAAAUAAAGAUUUUCAAGACAAUAGCACCAUAUUGUUUCCUAUCUCAUAUUAGUUGUCAUUUUCCCUAAUAAAUCUAGUAUUAUUCGAUACCUUCUUCGAUUUUUCCAACCAAAUAUCUUUUUCCUAUGCCGGCGGCAAAAAGUUUUAUACUGCGGAUAAGUAUCCCAGCUUUUCCUGCGAAAUCUGCGAACAAAGAAUUUUUACCCUCGACUCAAGACUCGCGGCAAUUUUUUGACCUGUGGAAGCUCUAAUGUAAUUCAUUUACUGUGUACGCAGUAGUGAUUUGGACUGAGUGACCUAUCAUCAAAAUUCACUACCGGGUUCUCUUUAAUUAAUUCUCUGCUCAUUAAUGAUAACGAACUUUAAAAUAAUUCCUUGCGCUAACAAACUGUAAAGCCCCCGUAAAUGUUUAAGUGCCUAGAAAGUGAGAAAAAAAUGAAUUUGACCUUGUAUGAGUAUAUUUAGUUGUUUUUUCACUUUAAAUCACUGUUUCCUUUUAACGUCUCCAAAAUAUCAAGACACGAAGUAUAAGGUAAACUGACCCGAACAUACCUUUGAAGUGCUUUAGAAUCCAAGCUCUGAUCAGUUUUAAACCGCCUCACGUCAUGGCGUUCACGACUGAUCACUUGCUUUCAUAAUGAGUUACUGAUCUGCUGUUCUUGAAGUUGUUUCCAUCUGACUUUAAUAAAUCUGCUGUUGAACUGAAAACUGCGAUGACUUUUGUGGUUCCAUUGUUUUCCUUUGAAGGUAAGAGUUUCCAUUACACAAUGCUUCCAAUCAAUACCAAAGCAGGGCUCAAGAAUAAAUGAGCUUCUUUCUAGCUUUGAAAAUAAUAGCACAACUGUCCCAGAAAACACGGUCAUGGUUUUGGUUGACGGCUUUACAACAGAACUGCAACCCGCUAUAGAGCGGGUUUUAGCUGGUGGUGCCGGUAGCAAACAAAUCUUCAAACUUUUGUUUUGGAAUAAAUUGGGUUCAAAUUUUAAACUGACCAAAUUUUGGUCUUGUCUACAUGCUAAGAUUUUGGGAGCUUCGGAUCAAGUGAUAAGCCAAUGGUCUUGGGUCGAGACAUCAGAACAAAUCGACAAUGAAGUGAAUAAAGGCCAGGUAAGAAAAUAAUCCUUGAUUUUGCGGUGGGUGCGUUCAGAUUAUCAUAGAGCUGUUCAUAUUGAAUCGAUCGAAGUAUGUGCUUGAAUUUUAAACUUUGUGGCCAAAGGUGAUUUGUAGUUAAUCACCGGCUUGUUUUCGAAUCUUGUUAUGCCAUUCGUUAGAGCCAUCCAGUAAUCAAAUAGCAAGCAGUUAUUGACGACACUAUACUGAACGAUUCAGUGGGUGGUAUGGCGGGGCCUGUCAGUGAUGAGUGUCGGGGUAGAACCAUUACAAUACAAAGGUCUAUAUUCAACUUAAGGCCUUUCUUAUCUUACUUUCCAUUGAGGCUCUUUUGAGAGGCGUGGCCCGUCAUGACUGGUCAGUGAGUCCUGACGUAAGUUCAAUGGUUCUCAUUUGAAUGGCAACAGCGUUGGAUUUAAUCCUCAGUCUAGGAAAUGGAAUCUUUUUUUUCAAUCAGUCCAACUAAACUAACCCACUCUAACGAUACAUUAUGAUAGCACAGCAUACACCCCAUGUAAGGAUAUUUUCAUUUACUAAACACACGUAAUCAAAGAGAAUAACACUAAUAAUAUACAGAAUAAUGCAGAACAAUAAUUUUUUUUUUGGGGGGGGGGGGUAGCUUACUCUUGAAUCUACAUAGGCGCAACUUAAUUGGAAGCUCAUAUACUUCAGUACGCUGUCUUGUUAUUGUUUUUUCGACAACAGAUCUUGGUACGACAUACUAAAAGAAGAAUAUAUACUCGUCCCAGUUGGGGUGCGGUGCAAGAUUGCCGCAUUCUGGUGUUUAACUAACUGAUCAGUUUCUUGGAAAAUGAUUACUGACAACCUCUCAUAAAACUGUUGGGGUAACGCGAGUUUUUUUCCCGCCAUAUUUUCCCUUCGUGAAAAUCGUCGAUUCCGUCUUUGUGUAUACACAACGAGCUAACCUAAGAGUCGAGCUCACAUUCACUAAAGCUUUUUAAACUUAAACCAUGUAAUACAAUUGGCGGGUUUUUUUAAUGUUAACAUUUUACUCCCGUUGACAGUCAUGAUUACAUCGAUUUUUCUAUUGGUGGUGAUACUACGUGUAAGCUAUGGAUUGGACAACUAUACAGUCGGUAAGUCAGGUAGAAAGUAAGUGUAUUUACAGCCUGAAUAGAACAUGUGAUCUUUUCACUAAAUUAAAUGUGCCAGUAGAACCUCGAUAACUGGACCUCGGAUAACUCGAAUUCCCCACCAACUCGAACUGUUUAUCGUUUCCCUUCAGACUUGAGUUACCUGGGUUCUCUUGUAUUUGAUUUUUUAUCAUGUCAGCUCAAGAGAGAAAAGGACUUUAAGGAAAAUCAUGCGAAAAUGGAACUGUCAGUGUGAUUCAACGUCUAAGCCGGUCUCAGUUCAAUGUUGAACAAUUAACAAAUGAAAACAGAACAAUAUCAGGUUUUAAUCCUGAGGUACUGUUUGUCUUUCAGUUAACCAGCAGGUUUGAAUGUAAAACCAUUGUGAGCACCACAAAGCUUUUAAAUGAACUUUAUGUCAGUCCCAGUUGCUAGCGCUGUGGAAAGCCAACCAAAUUCAUCAGUAAAUAACACAGGCCUUAUCGUUUAAUUUCAGGCCAGACUUGCUGGACAAAUUGCACCAAAUCAUGUGGCGGAGGAACCCAAGUCACGUGUGCAAAUUACACUGUGGUAACGAGAGCCUGCAAUACAAUGCGGUGUCCAGGUGAGCGGCUUGUUUAUUGUUUAAUAUUUUUGUUUGUUAUGAGCUAUUUUAAGUGGAGCAAGUCAAAUAAAUAGAAACUUACAAGACUAUUACAGAAAAACGGUUAUGUGGUAUUGACCAUUGUUUCAAUUUAGGCAACUUAGGCCCGGAUCAAAUCAAACUUUGCAUGAGCGGCCGAACCUUAUGUUGGGGCCGUCUGGAAGGGUAUUCCCUCGGGAUUCGGGAUUGACCAAAAUACAAUGCGGGAUUCGGGAAACGUUAAACGGGAUACUGGAUUUGACCAAAAUACAGUGUGGGACGCUGAAUUGAGAAAGAUAUUCGGGAUGGCAAUGACAGUCGCACUUCGGGAAGCGGAAUUCUCGUGAAAAAGGAGCAAGAAUGUGGGAUCAAGACGCCCAUGCUCCAGACCCUAUUAGUAGUUUGACCUGGGCCUUCUAUUGGCUAAUUUCUUUAUAACAUGAAGGUGAUCCAGAGUGGACAAAGUGCACCUUAACAUGCGGAGGAGGUAUGCAGACAAACGUCGAUAACAGUAGUAUUGUACGAACGUGCAAUACCAUGUCAUGUCCAGGUAACUAUGCAUAAACUGUUAGUGAACUUUAUAAAAGUGAUGCUGGCAAUGAUCUUAACAACCAAUAUAGUUAAGCAACCAAUACGUUUGGAGCGCGCAGAAACACGAGCAAGGCUCAGACCUUAAAGAAAGCAAAACUACGGUAAAAUUCUGGGCUUAUCCAAGUAGGAGUUGGUAAAGAAAACACGCGAGGGUAUGAACAAAAAAGUUAUUGCAGUAAAGUAAACGAAAGCUUCAACAAUCCAGUUUCUACCUUGUGAUUACUUAUGACGGUCCUAGUAGCCUCUGUCCUCUGAGAUUCUGGGAGCCGUUUCGACUCUACACAUUCUAUAUAUUCCUUUACACUUGUAAUUGCUAGCUGAAUACAGCUAAGAAGUAUAGCUGCACUUUUAUUUUAAACUGCUUGCAGGAGAUGCAGGUUGUCUUUCGGCUUACCUGAGCUUCGAUCACGCCUACAACAAUAUUGUUUAUGACGAAUCUCACAACGGCAACGCUGGGACUAUGAACGGUUGCGCGCGCAUCGUAAAUAACGGCAGAUUCGGAAAGGGACUUCAACUAAGCAAAGACGGUAAUGUGACAUUUGAUGUGGAACGUUUUCACAAUCGUCCAACGGACGCCAUUACGGUAUCUCUGUGGCUUAAUUUAUCGCAGAUCAAUGGAUCGCAUGAAUUGUUCUUUGCUUGUGGCAUGCCUGAACUUUACAAUAUGGGUGACUACCACUUUGCCAUUGACAACGGAAGAGUUCGAUGGUUUGAAGAACUGCCAGGAGCCAACAUGCGAUUCAAUAUUUCCUCAAGUAAGCAAACUUUAGGCACUGUUUUUUUAACAAGGGAAAACUUGGAUCGUUUUGGUCAAGCAGCAACAAGAGAAAAUUAGACGCUAGUAAAGGAGCCUAUUCAUGCUGAACAUAAUUUAUAACCACAAAGGAGGAAACCAGACGUUUCGAGGGUGCUUCUUCUUCUUUAUUGGUUUAGAGGAUGCAUGAAGUUGCCUUUAAACCGCUGAAGAAGAGCGAGAACCCUCGAAAUGUCUGGUUUUCCUCCCAUUUUUUAACGCGCAGUCUGGAAAACUUUGUCAUGCUCGCGAUGAAGUGCUUUGAGCGAAUUCUUAUAUUUUUUGUAACAAAUAAUCAUAAGCUAUUAAGGGAUUGUACGUAACCUCGCCGAAGUGAUCCUCAACCGGUGUAAGUUUUUUGGGGGGAUUUUGGCGCUCACGGUGUAGGUUGUUAUAAUGCCCUAUAUUGUUGACUACUGAGACUCUUAUCAAAACGGUCAUAUUUGCUAGUCUGUUGGUAACGAAAAACGAAAAACGAAAAAUUGAACAUUUUCUAUUUCAGAUGGAGCAAUUCUAAGCAAUAGCUGGUACCACAUUGCUGGAAGCUAUCGUAAGUCAAACGGCAGGGCUCGACUAUAUAUUAACGGACGUCUAGCAAAUGAACUAAUACUUGCUACGCCCCUAAAAAGGACAGCGGUUCCUGUUCCCAAUAACUCCAUGCAAGCGCAGUGGAAGUGUGCCAGUCUUGGGGCUUCAAGGAAAGAAAAACCCUUGCAAGGCAUUAUGGAUGAAUUUCGUAUAUUCAAAUGUGAGCUUCUACCCGAGGAAAUCAUGGAUUUGUACAGCAAGAACUCUGUAAAGAGAUUCAAAAUCCCUCUGCGGCCUGCACAUAAACUACCAUGGAAUUUUUUGACGCAGGAAAAAAACUGAACGAACUUUGAGGGAUUGAGAAAAAACUAUGCGGAAAAAUUUGAAUUUGUCAUCUGUCGUAGUUAACAAUUAUUAUUUCCAAAUUUGCUCACAGUUUUGCAUUGACUCCAAACCCAAACAAUCCCGGUCAGUUUAUCACACUGUUGAUCUGAUGGUGAUGAUACCAAUACACAUUCAGGUAGUACGCCCUAUAAAGGCCUAUACAGGGAGGCUCCGCCCGAAAUGGGUAGCUUUUUCAGGCUUCAGUUAAGGCAGGGAUUUCACUAGUUGAAGUAUAUGAAAGGAGAUGGAAAUCUGUCAUUUCGGUCUGUCAAAGGGCUAACAGGUACAUUUUAUGGCUGCGAAAGAGUCGAGAAAACGUUCUGGUUUUGUGGUUUCUUCAUAUUUAAAACACAGUGCAUUUAAAGCAGUUGAAAGGGAUGCAAGUUUUAAACCAGG